UUUCAAUCUCAUUCUUGUUCCUUCCCGCCAGCCCUGGAAGUUGUGUUUGAGACACCCGAAUCCAACGGGCGGCAGGCGCCUUCGAGUCCAGUGUUUCUCAUUCCUACCUGAGCAUUAGAAUAACCUGGGAGCUUUUUAAGAAUAAUAGCAAGUUUUUGAAAAGACACACCUCGAACCACCCUUGAUGAUUCUGACUUAAUCGUUACAAGUGCGUGAUUCCUUUUUUUCAGAUAAUAGUUACAUGAUAGAGAGAGAAAAACAUCCCUGUGCGCACCUCGACUGGCGAUUGAAGUUACGUGUUCUGUACCUGGAUUCGAACCCUCAUCCUCUUUAGGUACUGGAUGAGGCUCCAACCAAUUGAGCCACCCAGGCAGGGCUCUACGUCCAUUUAUACAAAGAACAGUUUUCUCAGUUUAAGGGGGCAUGUGCCUUAAAGUGAAUGUGGAAUAACUAAUUACAUUUUUAAUGUGUGGAUUGAGAGAAGGAACCACAACAUUCUACUGUUGAAGAGAAGGCCAGGAUGGGCCUCCAUGUAAGAAGGCGCUACAGAAAACAGGGGAUCAAAAGAUGGAUGCUGAAACAGAUAGGAUCAAAAAAGAAAUAAGACACAAGUCAGCACCCUUUUGUAUGAAAUGUGGGAUAACUAGACCAUAUCGCAUUGUCAUCCUCACCUGCGCCUUCACGGGUUCUGCUCUUUUGUGGUGGGCCUUCAGCCUGCCCACCUGGGUGAAGAUAGAAAUCCCGGGCCCUUCCCAAGCCCUCUUCAGUGCUCUCUUCGCAAUCUGCAGUGGCGAGGUCACGUGUUGGGUUCCUCUAUCCAAAUCAAACUGCUUCAUAUUUGGUCGAAUUUUCAUGAUCAGCGCCCUUGUUCUCUCCUUCUUCCUGAACAUCAUACUCCUGGCCUUCCCUCAUUCCCUUCCUGAUACCUGGAAACAGUACUUUGUCUUCACGGUCACCUUCUUCAUCAUAGGUGUCUGCGUGUUCCUUGCGCUGCUGCUGCACUCUCUGCAUAUUUUGAAAGUCACUGACGUAUUCAAGGAAGCGAAAAUCACCUUUCUCUACCCGUCCUUCAUCCUUUCAUUCAGCAUCGCACUGUUUUUCUUAUCUGGAAUUCUCUGCUUCUUCAGCUCCCACCACUGUUGGCUUCAGUGUGUGCUGCCGCAGCCCAUCCAGGUGAAACCUGGCCAAACAGCCGGGGCCAAUGGGAGCCCAGUGACAGUCGCAGAGGGGAAGCCAGGGGGCGACAGCUAGCCGAACCUCAGUGGAGAGGAGGCUAACAGCAGGAAGCAUGUCCAGCCUGUAAACUCAAGACUUCACAGCUACACAUGCUCUCUUGUUUACUUACCGUGUAAGACUGGGAAGGGUUGGCCUGUUCCUUACCAUUGUUCACAUGAGGAUAAGGGUUCCAGGAACUUGGGUUUUCACAAGAGAGAAGUAGUUGGGGGUGGGGAGCAAUGAGUCUGUUUUGAGUCUUGGGAAUUCGGAAUGCAAAUCUCCUCACCUUGAACAUGAUGACCAAGGCCCGCCCCACCCUCUCACAUGUAUCUUGUAACCUGGAAGUCAUUUUCUAACAGUAACAAAGCUCUUUCUCUGUCUGUGGAGGCUGAGUUUUGAUGCAAAUUCUCUGCCCUCUGAACUUUAUGAAUGGAAUCUUUUCCCUGUCGUAUCAGGUGUCAACCCCUCAUCCAAACUACCUUAAACUAUAACAAAGGUGACCCUACUGGACAAGCACAGGGGUUGUCCGUGGACUCACAGGACAACUUUGAUAGACUGGGGGCUACACAAGAUACUGGUCGGGGGGUGCUGACCCAGAGCUCCUUCCUCAGGAUACUGCUCCUUUACUGUUCAGUGAAGGUGAGUGGAAUUUCCUGCUCCAGAAAUGCAAGCACUAUUCUAAAUUCCCCUCCUCAUCACCCUCAAGAGCCAUCAAAGCCUGUCCCUUCCAUGUCAGGCAGACCUCUGCUCCCCUGUGGGAGCCCUCCUCACACCCACGGGCCAGCCAGGCCCUUGUCACCGCUGCCAGACUAGGGGGCUUCUCAGUGUGGCUCCUCUCCACGGCAGCCUGCCUCCGCCAUCAUGCCAACCCCAGCUGCUUGGGACGCAGAGCUGAGAACGCUCCCCUUAAAAAUCCACUUGCCCUGUUCUUUUCUUCAGGAUUAAUUCCUUGUCUUGAUAAAUAAAGUUCUUUACAAGUUGACACCA